GUUCUUCUUCUUCCUCUGUCACUCUCUCUUCCCCCUCAACAACCCAAAGCUCUUCUCUCUUACCCUAGCCCUUCCUCAUCUUCUUCCUCUGUCACUCUCUUUUCUUCUCUCCCUAACUCGCCACGAUCCAAGCUUCUGUUAAAAAUUUUGUAUAAAUUGUUGAGUUUUGGUUAUAACUUUCAUCUUGUCUAAUUAUUUGGUUAUAAAUUUCAUCUUCUGUUCUUUGUCAGAAUGGCUGAUGACAUUAUCAGCAUGUUGCCAGAUCAAGUCCUUUGUCACAUUCUCUCUUUUCUUCCCAUUCAUAUUGCUGCAGCCACAAGUAUUCUUUCAAAGAGGUGGACACCAUUGUGGCUCUCGGUUCCUAGCCUAUACUUUGAUGACCGAAGCUAUCUCUUGAACAACAACAAACCCUAUGAUUGUUUUAACAAGUUCAUAUACAAAACCAUUGUUGCCAGAGAUGCGCAUCUACCCAUUAGAAUGUUUCGUCUCAAAUGCAGGGCUUCCAAUUUUGAGCUUUCUGAUUAUGAUCUCAAUACAUGGAUCAAUGCUGCAACACAACGUGGACUUGAGGACCUCCACAUUAAGCUGCCCAUUACAAGUACUACCGUGCUGAGGAUGAGCCGUGUUUUCAGCUGCAAAACUCUUGUUGUUCUGAAGUUGACCGGGUUAGAUGUGAAUGUGUUUUCUUUUGUUGAUCUUCCCUCACUCAAAACUCUGCAUUUGAGUCAAGUUGGUUUUCCAAAACCGCAAUAUCUCAUGGAACUUCUUUGUGGGUGUCCAAUUCUUGAGGAUAUGUAUUUGUAUAAUAUAACCUAUGUUGACACUUCUACUCCUAGUGAUAAGAAUUUUAAAAGUCUAUCCAAGUUGGUGAGGGCAUUUAUUUAUAAAAUUGGCUUAGAUAUUCCUCUGAUGGCGAUUUGCAGUAUACAAUUUCUUCUCAUUGACAAGUACUGCGAUGCUAUUCCAGUUUUUCCCAAUUUAACUCGUGUGGAUCUCAUUUUUGGGAGUGAUAUGAGUUGGCAUUUCGUACUUUCAAUGCUAAAGAAGUGCCCUAAACUUCAAAUUUUGAAACUUGUUAUGCGGAAAAGUUCUCAUGUUGCGGUCUGGGCCUUCCCCUGUUUUGUUCCUGAAUGCCUUUCUUCACAGCUUAAGACGUGUUUUAUUAUGAAUUAUAAAGGCGCCAGUGAGUUGCAUUUUGCAAAAUAUAUUAUGGAGAAUUCAAGAGCUUUACUUACGAUGGCAAUAGGCACAACGUCUUCUUCAAAAUUAGAGGACAAGUUUCAACAGCUGAAAGAAUUAUCCUCAUACCCAAGGACUUCUCCAAUUUGUCAACUUUUAUUUAUAUGAGAAUGAGAAUAACUAAUAGGCUGUAGACAGUAGCUGCGAUUUGUGUUUAGAUUAUUCCAUUUUGCUAGUGUACUGAAGGGCAUGUAAUUUGUAUCUUGAUGAUAGUUCUUAAAUGUCAUACAUUUUCAAGAGAGUGAAGAUUUGUAUUUUCAAUUAAAUGGCUUGCAUCUUUGAAGUUAUAAUCUUUUGUAACUUUUUGGAGUUGAAUAACAUCUAUUUGUGCCUA